AUGAUCCAGCACGAACCGAGACGCAAAGAAGAAGCACAAGGUUUACACGUGAUGACCCAGGUGUACCUUUUGCUGCUUCUUUUCUCGUCUUUGUCAAGCGCUGCCCCUGUUUCAAAGAGCUUCCUGGUUUCGGUCAGGCCUCCUGUCUUAGAGCAACUUGGUAGAGAAGCCACACUACCAUGCUGGCUCAAUCCACCACAGAGUGCUGAGGCUCUGGAGGUACGCUGGUACCGCAAUCAUCGCUUCGAUACCCCGAUCAUACUGUAUUACAAUAAAAAGAUGUACGAGAUCCAGGAUGCUUCAUACCUGGGCCGAGCCUCGUUUGGCCUGAAGGACGCAGCGUCCGGUGGGCUGGCAGCAGGAGACGUGAGCCUGAAGCUGCUAAAUGUCGGGAUUGAGGACAACGGAGAUUACACUUGUUAUGUGAGCAGUGGUCAGCAUUCUGAUCGUGGAAGUGUCAGUCUUAAUUUGACAAAAACAGGAACCACUCCGCUCCUGUCAAUGGUGUGGGCAGAGGAAAACCUGGUGAAUUUGAGCUGUGAAUCUGAAGGCUGGUAUCUGAGGCCGAAGCUGCACUGGGUCGACCAGAAGCAAAAUCUGACCCCAAAGAGUUUGGAGUACGGCAAAGUCUCUUCUGGUCUUGUGUCAGUCCACAGCUGGGUUCUGGUCCCACGCUCCUCGGAGAUUUCCUGCUCAGUGGGUCUCUCUGACAUGGACACGAAGGAGGCAAGACUGCGGCUGGAAAUCCCUCCUCAAGCUGCCGAAAAGGCUAAGGAGGAAGCUCUUGAAGAGGCUAAAAAGCAAAACGAGAAUAAGAGACUUUUACAAGAAGCUACAGUUCAGAAGGCAGCUCUUGAAGAGGCUAAAAAGCAAAACGAGACAUUGAAGCUUUCAGAAAAAGAGAAUAAGAGACUUUUACAAGAAGCUACAGUUCAGAAGGCAGCUCUUGAAGAGGCUAAAAAGGAAAACGAGACAAUGAAGCUUUUACAAGAAGCACAUAAGAAACUUUUACAAAAAGUUACAGUUGAGCCGACAGCUCUUGAAGAGGCUAAAAAGCAUUACGGAAAUGUUGAACUUGAGGAUAAAAGAAAUCCAAACGUCACAAUCAAAGAUGGUAUCUUCAGAGACAAUAAUUAUUAUGAUGGAAAAGCAGUAUCCUGUCUCACAGCGAUAAGGGGAACCCCUGGCUUCACUUCAGGUCAACACUACUGGGAGGUUUCUUUGGAGAAACCUUUGUACGUGCUCAAACAGUCCUGGUGGGUGGGGGUAACAAAGGCAACUGACUUCCCUCUGCAGGGUGAUGCUCCUUCUAACACAUCAAAUGGUUUCUGGUUCCUGUCGUCUUCCCCUGACAGAGAAAACAUCUUUCUUUUAAACACAGAACCAGAGGUUUUACUGCCUGUUCGCUCAACACCGAGAAUAGUCGGUGUGUAUCUGAAUUAUGACGGCGGAGAGCUUUCCUUUUAUAAUGUGGAAGAUGAAUCUGUCAUUGGAUCUCUCACUGCUACGUUCCAAGGUGAAGUCUUUCCUUUUUUCAAUCCUGGUAAAGGUUACGGAGCAACUAUGCAGAUAUUAAAGAGGACAGAACAGGGUGAGUGUAAUGACACAUGGGAACAAUGAAAGGGCACAAGAGCCUGAAUCUUAAUA